AGUUCUCUUUCGCAGCAGCAAACAAUGUCAAUCUUGCUCUGUUUCCUCUCUCUCUUACCCAUUUUCUUAGUUUCCUUAUCAAUCUUCUCUAAAAAGCUCAAAAGAUGGAAGCUUCCUCCAGGCCCGCAGAAGCUUCCAAUCAUAGGAAACUUACACAACGUCAAAGAGUUGACUCACACAUGUUUUCGAAAUCUCUCUCAGACGUUCGGACCAGUGAUGCUUCUCCGUUUCGGAUACGUUCCCGUGGUCGUGAUCUCAUCGAGAGAAGGAGCAGAGGAAGCUCUCAAGACCCACGAUCAUGAAUGUUGCAGCCGACCAGAGACGGUAGCCACCAAAAUGCUUUCUUACAACUUCAAAGACAUUGGAUUCGCGCCUUAUGGUGAGGACUGGAAAGCGUUAAGGAAGCUCGCGGUUAUAGAGUUCUUGAACGCGAAAAAGCUGAAGUCUUUCAGGUAUAUCAGAGAGGAAGAGAACGUCUUUUUGGUCAAGAAACUGACGGAGUCGGCUCUGACAGGAUCUCCGGUGAAUCUGAAGAAGGAACUUUUCACGCUCGUCGCGAGCAUCGUGUGUAGGCUCGCGUUUGGAAUCGAUAUCCACAAGUGCAAGUUCAUCGAUGAGCACAACGUUGCAGAUCUAGUUCACAAGUUUGAGUUGCUCAUCGAUGGUUUUGCGUUCUCUGAUUUCUUCCCUGGAGUUGGUUGGCUUAUCGACCAGAUUUCCGGCAAGAACAAGACAUUGAACAAUGUUUUCUCUGAACUAGACACUUUCUUCCAAGAUGUGCUCGACGAACAUCUUAAUCCCGGAAGAAGAGUAUCAGAGACCCCUGAUGUCGUUGAUGUGAUGGUUGAUGUGAUGAAGAAGCAAGAGAAAGAUGGAGACUCAUUCAAGCUCACCACAGAUCAUUUCAAAGGAAUCAUCUCGGACAUAUUUCUUGCAGGAGUGAACACAAGCGCCGUCACUCUAGCCUGGGCUAUGACAGAGUUGAUCCGAAACCCGAGAGUGAUGAAGAAAGUACAAGAAGAGAUUCGGACAUCACUCGGGGACAACAAGGAGAGAAUCACAGAAGAUGAUCUCACCGAGCUUCACUACUUCAAGCUCGUGGUCAAGGAAACAUUCAGAUUACAUCCAGCAGCUCCACUUUUGCUUCAAAGAGAGACAAUGUCUGACAUCAAGAUCCAAGGCUAUGACAUACCCGCUAAAACCCAGAUGGUCAUCAACGUUAACUCGAUCGCACGCGAUCCAAAACUCUGGACAAACCCAGAUGAGUUUAAUCCUGAAAGGUUUGUCGAUAGUUCCAUAGAUUACAAAGGACUAAACUUUGAGCUUUUACCAUUUGGUUCUGGCCGGAGAAUCUGUCCAGGGAUGAUGAUGGGAAUCGCAAACGUGGAAAUGGGACUAUUGAAUCUGCUCUACUUCUUCGACUGGGGAUUGCCUGAAGGGAAGACUGUGAAAGACAUCGACUUGGAAGAAACCGGAUCGGUCAUUGUCAGCAAGAAAGCAACUCUUGAGCUUGUUCCGCUGCUUCAUAACUGAAAUAACGAUCACGAAAUACAAUUAGUCAGAAAGAUAAUGUAUUUGUUGUACUCAGAUUCUUGAUUUUAGUUUUGUAAUA